UAUAUCAAUUAUAGCUUACCAGGCUGGACUUGGUACUAAAGUAAUUAAAGAACAUUGUAAUUUAAUGGAUCAUCGUGGUAAAUUGGUAGAUCCUUUAGUGGAUAGACGAAUAGAUUUCCAUUUUAACGCCAUGCUGGAUGUCAUAGCCGAAUGGAGACAAACAAAGGAACUUUCUCAUGACAUUAAUUUAUUAGAUAAAUUUUUUGAAAUGCAUGAACAGUUUAAAGAAGAAUCUCAACUUCCUUUUACAGAGUUUUUUCCAAAGGAAGAAGAACAAGUUCUACAGUUCCAUUUGGGAAAUUUGGAGUAUGCAUGUGGUGCCUCCUUGUCCAAAGUUUCUGCUUUAAAUUGGGACCACAACGAAUCUCUACCUCAGUUUUCGGGUGAUGCAGUCUUAAUGAAAGAUGGCUACUCACAGGUUGUGAAGCGAAUGAGUGAAAACAUAGAUCUCUACUUAAAUACUCAGGUUUUAGGAGUAGAUUAUAGUGAUGAUCUAAUAGCUGUUAAAACAACAGAUAAAACUUACACUGCUCAUAAGGUACUGGUAACAGUGCCAUUAGCCUUAUUAAAGAAACAAACUAUACAAUUUACGCCAACAUUACCAGAAAAAAAGAUACAAGCUAUAACUUCACUAGGAGCAGGCUCUCUAGAAAAGGUAGCAUUACAGUUUAAUAAGAAAUUCUGGAAGAGUAAAACAGAUGAAGAUGAUUUUUUUGGUCAUGUGCCAGCUGAAGAGAAACAGCGUGGAUUAUUUAAUGUAUUUUAUGAUAUAUCUACCUCAACAAGCGAUAGUGGUAUAUUAGUGACUAAUGUCUCAGGUGAGGCGUUAAAUCUAAUUAAAGAUAAAACUGAUAAAGAAGUUGUUAAUCUCUGUUUAAAUACACUCAAAUCUCUCUUUCCUGCUCAGACGAUACCUGACCCAGUGAAUUAUCUAGUUACACAUUGGGAUAGUGAUCCUUUCGCUGGCAUGGCAUAUAGUUAUAUGCCCGUUGGCAGUGACGGCAGUCUGUAUGACGACAUGGCAGAAGAUGUCAACGAUAAAAUUUACUUUGCAGGAGAGGCAACUAAUAAACAGUUUCCACAAUCUGUAACUGGUGCUUAUUUAAGUGGUAUACGAGAGGCCAAUAAAAUAAUUUUGUCUCUAACAAGUGAAAUAACGCAGGUCGAUACAUAAUGCAGACAAUUCAAGGUGUUAGAUAGUGGUACUUAGUUUUUUCAUUUAUAUUGGAAUCUGUAAAUUUGAGACCAAAAUAAAAUUCUUUCACAUAGUAAAUGGUGAAAAUUUAAGCACAGACAUUUUUUCAUCAAAAUACAGUGAAAUAUUGUAUUCUUUCACAGAAAAAAUAGUGACAUUUGGGAAAAGACCCAUUCUGGUUGAAACAGAGAAAUACUGUAAAAUUUAGACCAAAAUAAAAUUCUUUCACGUACUAAAUGGUGAAAAUUUAAGCACAGACACUGUUUCAUCGAAAAUAGUGAAAUAUUGUAUUCUUUCACAGAAAAAAUAGUGACAUUUGGAAAAAGACCCAUUCUGGUUGAAAUAUUGUAUAUUAAAAAUAUUGUAAUAUUGAAAAAGUGUAUAAUACUAUUACUGAAAACAGUCAACUACUGUAUUUGUUCGCAUAGAUAAUGGUGAAAUUUUCAGCCAAGAUGCAAUGUACAAAACAAUUGAUUAAUACAGAAAAUGUGAAAAUUACACAGAAAACAGUGGAAAUCUGAAUACAUUUAUUCUUCAUGUGCAGUGAAAAGUGGAAUUUUUAACUGAUGCAAACUUGUGAAUGUGUGAAAAACUGUUUAUAUGUAUUGGGAAAAUGUGAAAUUUGGAAAGCUUAAUUUACUGUUAAAAACUGUAAAUAAUUUGAUAUAGAAUAAAAUAGCAAUACAAAUGUAGUAACACAAAGCCUAAAACUGUGAGAAACUGUGGAAGUUCGAAGGGUUUAUAUGCAUUGGAAAAAUGUGAAAUUUGAAAAGCUUAAUUUACUAUUAAAAACUGUACAUAAUUUAAUAUAGAAUAAAAAAGCAAUACAAAUGUA